GUUAUCCAGAGGCUAAUAAUGCGUCUGAGGAAUAGCUCCAUGGAUGGUUCAGAUGGCAGCCAGCUGUUUGAGGAUACAAGUAGAGCUGGGUCUGGAUCUCAGACAGGUUACAGGAACCAGCAGGCCGGGCCUCAAGCAGCAGGAUUUCCUGGCCAGUCCCUCCUGUCAGACCCCAUGUCUAACCUGGCCAUGGCGUACGGCAGCUCGUUGGCUUCCCAGGGGAGGGAAAUGGUGGACAAGAAUUUGGACAGGUUCAUCCCAAUUUCUAAGCUGAAAUACUACUUUGCUGUGGACACAGUGUAUGUGGGAAAGAAGCUGGGCCUUCUAGUUUUCCCUUACAUGCAUGAGAACUGGGAGGUGAGCUAUCAGCAGGACACUCCUGUGGCUCCACGCUUUGAUGUGAACGCUCCCGAUCUUUACAUCCCUGCCAUGGGCUUCAUAACGUACGUCCUGGUGGCUGGACUGGCCCUCGGCACGCAGAACAGGUUUUCCCCAGAGCUGCUGGGAGUUCAGGCCAGCUCAGCGUUGGUGUGGUUGAUCAUGGAGGUCUUGGCAGUCCUGCUGUCACUCUACCUUGUGACUGUUAACACUGACCUCACAACCAUAGACUUGCUGGCCUUUUCUGGCUACAAAUACGUUGGGAUGAUCGUAGGUGUAGUAGCAGGCCUCUUGUUUGGGAAGCCAGCAUAUUAUCUCUCUCUACUGUGGUGCUGUGUUGCCAUCUUUGUCUUUAUGAUCCGCACUUUGCGUCUGAAGCUGUUAUCCGAGGCAGCGGCAGAGGGGAGGCUGGUGAGAGGGGCCAGAAAUCAGCUGAGGAUGUACCUCACCAUGUCUAUAGCAGCAGCACAACCCAUCUUCAUGUACUGGCUCACAUACCACCUCAUCAGAUAAAGCCCAGAAUGCACGCUCACUUAUGUAGAAGAUGAACUUGGCUGUCCGAAUGCCAUCUCACCCUUUAAAAAAGUAAAUAAAUAAACACUCAACACACACAUCAUUGAAGCUGGACUUGGAUGAAACACACAAGUUAUCUGGAUAUCCCAUCACAAAAAGACAGAACUAUACUUUCACAAGACUCAGUCUGUGUAUGCAUGGAGCAAAACAACACAUGCUACAAGACUAUUAAGAGAACAUGUGAGGCUUUAAUGCCUUUUCUCUCACAGCACAGCCCUAUUUCAUUAGUUUUGCCUUUUUUGUCUUUUUUAUGUAAUGUUUUCAAAAUUUCAAUUUGUAGCAAGAGCAAGUGGCUUUAAGUUGUUUUUCUAUACUGUGUAAUUAUUUGUUAAUUAUGUUUUUUUUUUAGGAAUAUUUAAGUAUGUAUGUUUGUGUAUAGCAAAGGUAUUAUUGCUAAUAUUGGUCUGGUCUGAUAUCUCAUAAGUGAUUGUUUCUGAGCCAAUAGGAAGAAAAGCGCACUACCCUCACACAAACCGUCCAUUUCAUGUAAGCGAAGAGUUCAAAUCCAGGUUUAGAAGUGAUCAGGUGGCUCUGCUUUGAUGUUUUGACUGGAGCAACUUCUUUUCUGGUCUGAGAAAGGUCCCACACUUUUCUGUUCAUGUUAGAUCAGGAAACAAGGAUUAUUUUACUGGUCUGUGUGGGAGUAGUGUCACCUCUGUUUUGUCUGUUUCAUCUAUUUGUGCUUUGAUACAUGUAUGAGCUUUGCUGCCUAAAGUCUUGAAUAGAAAUAUCGAAAGCCACGAUGACAUUUAAGUGUAGACCUCACGAUGAAUUGAGAUUGUUUUAAAAACAGAGUAAAUUAUAAUUUACUGUUUUUCAUAUUGAAAGUCAGAUGGAAUAAAGAAAGGGAAGAGUCGAGAUGGCCUGUUCUGUGAAUUUUUUUUUUGGUCUCCUAGAGAUACUUGAAAUAUUUUAAUGUCAGAAAUGUGCUUCGUGCUUUAAUGUGCUUAUGAAUCAUCUAGUGUCACUAUGAAACAUACUGCCUAUGCUUUUAUUUAUAUAGCCAAUGUUAACUCAAACCAGGGUAGGAUUCACAUUCAUUUAAAUUAAUUCAGGAAACUUCAAAAUUCAGGACUUUUUUUCAUUCUCCUUAAAUGAAACUUAUUGAUGAAUGCGGAAAUGCUUAUCUCUGUUAACUAAGGUGCCAAUAAAAACUUUCAAAUA